GCCCUGCCUGGCCCUGCGUAGCGCCACCGCCGCCGGCCCUGCAGAUGGAGCUGCAGCAGGCAGGCGGCGGCGAAGGGGCAGCCAGAGGCGGAGCGCGGCGCUUGGAGAGGUCCCGGCGCUCCGCCUUCCUCUUCCUCCUUUCCCCCCUCCGCCUGGAUGGUGAACGUGGGGCUGUCGCGCGUGGACGAUGCGGUGGCGGCCAAGCACCCGGGGCUGCAGGAAUAUGCCACCUGCCAGUCUUAUGCAUUCAUGAAGGGCAUUGGCACAUUUAUUACAGGUUCUGGAGUGGCCUUCGCAGUUCAAAAACUCAACCGGAAAAUGCCCUACCCGCUCCAGUGGAACAUUCUCCUCUCCUUUGUUGUAGGUUCAGUUGCCAGCUACGCAGUGACUCGGCGGGAGACGCAGAAGUGUUCUGACUUAUGGAUCUUUCUGGAGAGUGAACAACACGGCCCCCCAGAUGUAGCCAAAGAAAAAGCACCCAGUUUGGAUCCCCAAAAGAAGGCAGAGGGGGGAGUGAAAAGGAACAAGUACGGAGAUGUCGUGGAGUAGCCAGAAGAUCCCCCAGCAGAAACUUUCUAGUGGGAGGCUCACGGAGUCAAUGCAUCAAACUCAAGGCUUGGGGAGGAUGCAGGGAGGUGAAGCAAACUAAUCAUGGCUGAAGCAGGCUUUGUGGGCUUUCCAUAGCCUGGGAAAACAUCUGGGGAUCCUAAGAGAUCUGUAGGCUGUGGGAGUGGGGAGAUUCUUCCAUACUGCAUUGAGCUGUUUAUUUACCCCAGCUCAGGGAUGGACUGGAGGUCAUCUUCAAAUUGCAUCCAAUUCCCCUUCCUUUGGCUGCAGUAUCCACUUAUGGCAGCACAAGAUGUGAGGUCACUGUAUCCUACAUUUCCCCGCCUACCUCUGGCUAUAGCCAAUCCUUUGGAACCGGAGGGAGGGCAGUUGAAUAUCCCGCCCCACAUUUCCCUAGCUAAAUGUUAAGAGGGAGAACUAGAGUUUUGGUGGUCGACCUCCAACCCUUUCUCCGAUGGGAGGUAACACCUUGUUUGACUUUUAAACAUGUCUCUCCAAGUGCCAGUCUCGAUAUGCUGAACCCAUUUAUGCAGACGGCCUCUCUGCCUGCAAGGAAGCAGAAUAAAAUGUCCAAGAGAGUCUAA